UGCAAUUUUCCGCACGGCCCUCGAAUGAAGUAAACAAAGCGAAAUGUAUAAAUGCAUGUGAUUUUGGCGAACUUGUAACUUUUAGCAAAGCGACGCGCGGGACGACGACAUCGCAAGUGAAGCCGUGAAUUCGAAUUCCGCGGGGCCAAGUGUAUAUUUAACUUUUGGUAGAGCCCAAACGAAAUAAAAGUGAAUCCGAACAAUUACUGCGGAGUAAAAAAAACGGGUGCCAAUGAUCGCUACUACGCAAUAGAAAAGUAAUUUAUCAAACAAUUUCGCCACAGCCACAAAAACCAAUUGAAACGAAACCGAAAGUUUUGGUUUUUAUUCCGGACAAUAAAAUUGAUAAGAGCACGUUAACCCGUUCCUGUGGCAAACGAAAUUACGCUGGCUGAAGACCAUCCUUUCCGAAGACUCUUUCCACUGGACAUGAACAGGCAGUAGUGUCUGAAGAAUAUAUCCCUAGUUCCAGCAUAAAACAGCUCGUAAAUAGCCGCAGCAAGGCAGCCAAAAAUGACAAACCACAGCAGCUUCUUCGAUGAACAUUUCGCCAUGAUAUACUCCAACCUGAUGGAUAACUAUAUGCCCGAGUACUUCAAGAGUUUCGAGUACACACCAUGGGUAUUCUCACUGCUGGGAUCGGUGGUCAUCGGGUUGAGUGGCAUUUUCCCACUGAUCAUCAUUCCCACGGAGGAGAAAAUGGCUAAAGAGGGAUACAAAGAUCCUGCGGAAUCCAAACUCCUGCGAGUUCUGCUGAGUUUCGCAGUCGGUGGUCUGCUGGGCGAUGUAUUCCUACACUUGCUGCCAGAAGCCUGGGAGGGCGAUAAUCAAGAUCCCUCUAGUCACCCGUCACUGCGCUCGGGACUUUGGGUCCUAUCCGGCAUACUUAUCUUCACAAUCGUAGAGAAAAUAUUCUCCGGCUAUGCGAGCGCAGAUGAGGAGAAUCCGCAGCCCAAGUGCGUGGAGAUAGCCAACUGUCUGCUGCGACGACACGGUGGUCAAUUGCCAGAGGGAGAAACCGCGGAGAGUUGUGGCGGUGCCUGCGAUAUCGAAGAUGUGGACAAAGUUUGUUUCCUGCGCGAACGCGAGCUGAAGUCCAAGGAGAAGAAGGAGCAGCCCAAGAAGGUGGCUGGCUAUCUGAACCUCUUGGCCAACUCAAUUGAUAAUUUCACACAUGGUCUUGCGGUAGCUGGAUCCUUUUUGGUGUCCUUCAGGCACGGAAUCCUGGCCACAUUCGCCAUAUUGCUACAUGAAAUUCCGCACGAGGUGGGGGACUUUGCCAUCCUGCUGCGUUCCGGUUUCAGUCGCUGGGAUGCCGCGCGUGCGCAGCUUCUGACGGCGGGAGCUGGCCUCCUCGGCGCUCUGGUGGCCAUCGGCGGCUCCGGCGUAACUUCGGCCAUGGAGGCACGUACCUCGUGGAUUAUGCCGUUCACCGCCGGCGGCUUUCUGCACAUUGCUCUGGUCACAGUAUUACCUGAUCUCUUGAAGGAGGAGGAGCGAAAGGAGUCCAUUAAGCAGCUGCUAGCACUGAUAUUUGGCAUUGCGUUAAUGGCCGUGAUGACCAUGCUAUUCGAACAUUAGGAACUUUAGAUGACAGCCAGUAUAAGAUGGAAAAUUUAACAACACACAGUUUGUAAUUGGCAGUUUCAAAUUGACAUGAAUUUGUUGUACUUUAUGAGGAUUAACCAGAAAAUCCUGCCUGCGUUAUGUAAUUAUAGCCAAUAUGAAUGAUAUUUAAACUAUUGUUAAUGAUUACGUAUUACUGUAUCAUACUUAUGAAGCGAAAAUUCAAUAGAUAUUUAAGGGCAGAGUCUUUGGCUCUCCACUGUA